AUGCUCCGGAUGCCCGAGCCGCGGCUGGGGGAGGCAGAGGCGGCCGGCCGCAGCCCGCGGGCCGCGCCGCCGACCCAGUCCAAGCCGCUCACUUCCUUCCUCAUUCAGGACAUCCUGCGGGACAGCGCGGGGCGGCGCGGCGGCCACACCGGCAGCCCGCAGCUCCCACGCCAGCCCAACCCGGGUUGCGACCCCGAGCCGGAGCCCGAGGGAGGAAGAGGCCACGCCAGGGCACCGGUGGACGAGCGAAGCGCGGGGUCCCACGCCACGCCCGGGAUGGCCGAGACGCUGGUGGAGACCAAGCCAGAUAGGCACUUUGAGACUUAUCUGUUGGACUGCGCAAACACUUCAGGCACCUUCCCCAGCCUUCCCCAAACUGCCAAGCAGCCGCAGAAGCGCUCCCGAGCUGCCUUCUCCCACACUCAGGUCAUCGAGUUAGAGAGGAAGUUUAGUCAUCAGAAAUACCUGUCUGCCCCCGAAAGGGCUCACCUGGCCAAGAACCUCAAGCUCACUGAGACCCAAGUGAAAAUAUGGUUCCAAAACAGACGCUAUAAGACUAAGCGAAAGCAGCUCACCUCGGACCUGGGUGACUUGGAGAAGCAUCCCUCCCUGCCAGUUCUGAAAGAGGACGGCUUCUCCCGGGCCUCCCUGGUCUCCGUGUAUAACAGCUACCCUUACUACCCUUACCUUUACUGCUUGGGCAGCUGGAGCCCAGCCUUCUGGUAAUGCCAGCUCAGAUGACAACCAUGUGUGAUCAAAAACUGCCUUCCCGGGGUGCCCCUCUGGAAAGCAAUGGGGCCGAGUUCAGGAAGCACUGGAAAGCAAGAGGUGUACAGACCAAAACUGUUGGAGAUUUGGGUGGAAAUCCCAGAUUUUUCGCUGGUGAGCCCAUGAAAGAUCUGGAACAGCGAAUGUUUUAAUAUCUAAGUAGUUCCCCCAAUGAGUACUAUAGGUCGUUCUUGCUUUUAGCUAUGGGUUUGAAGGGAAGAAGGACUAAAUCAAGUGCUGUUUCCAGCACUUUGUGUGAUUUUGGAUGAGUUGUUUGCAUUGCUCCUAAGGCUUCUGUUUCUACAGCUCCAUCUUCUUGUCUGAUUGAGUACCAACUCUAAAAGAGCAAACCUAAAGGGACAAAGGACAGCCAAGAUGAGGGUAUCACCUACUAAAUUAAGCUUAAGUUCAAAGGCCUCUCGUUGGCCUUGGAAUAUAGCCAAGGUUUCUCUCUGUCCCUGUAAAAGAGAGGGGGAAAUAGAGAGUCUCAAAGAGAAACCCCUCAUGCUAAGUGCAGAUUGGCAUGGGAUAUGGAGAUAGGUGGGGGGAGAUGAAGAUAUUGGCUGCUUUUUAAAUAGUAAGCCAAUUGAAGUAUUUACCAGGUGGCCCAAGUAGAACAAGGUGCACUUGCUGUGGUUUUAUGAGAAGCUGUAUAAACAGAACUCUACUGCAAGGAGUGAGGCCAUGCCAGAAGAAUCUAUGAAUGUCCAAGACAGGGGCCUAAGAAAAGUCUUCACACUGCUGCUGGGACCAUCGCAUCGGUUAGCUAAAGGUGAAAAGCCUCUUCAGAACCUUUUUGCCUUGGGCCAGAGAAUUUAGAAUCAUAAGGUUCCUGGAGUUUUCAGGCUAUAAUUUGUACUACAUCGUGACAGAUGAUAUAAUUCUUUACUAUAAAGUCCUUCUUUUCUUCUUUUAUUUUUUGCUCCUUUUCUACAGCAGUUGCCCACUGA